AUGUUGAAACAACGGCAUGGCGGUCUUCUAGACCUGUGGAAAUCCCAUUUCCCAGCAGAACACUCCUUUUUUGUAGCAGAUAAGAUUGUUGCGGUUGAACCCUUACAAAAUCUCAUUUACGAUGAAAUAUUAAGUACAAAUUUUUCAAACAAAGAAGGUAUAAUUAUAGUAAUGUAUGAUACAGAUAUUAAGAUUAAACAACCGCCAUUACAAAAGACAAAUAGUAAUCAGUUACUGCUUUAUACAGAUAAACAAGAAUGCAUUGAUGAUGUAAAAUUAAUUCACGAAAAAGUAUUUUUUAUUACAUCCGGCUCGUGUGCGUCGCAUAUUUUGCCUGUUGUUCAUCGUCUAACACAAGUUGAUUCAGUAUUCAUUUUUUGUUGUAAUAAUCACGAAAGUCUACCAUUAAUUGAUAAAUAUUCAAAAAUUAUUGGAAUAUUUACAAAUGAAAGUGAUCUUGUUCAAAAUAUUCAAAAGACAGCUCAACUUAUUCACAUACAACUAGAAACAUUAACAUUUAUGGACAAAAAUCAAAACUCUGCAAGAGAUCUAAACAAAGAUAGUGCGAAAUUCUUGUGGUUUCAAAUAUUUAAACAUGUUAUUAUUAAUAUGCCACGCGAUGAUCAAGCAAAAAAACGAAUGAUUGAAAAAUGUCAGGAAUAUUAUCAUGGAGAUAUUCAAGAAUUACAAUCUAUUAAAGAAUUUGAUAAGACAUAUAAAUCAAGUGACGCCAUUAAAUGGUAUACUAAAGAUUGUUUUCUUUAUAAACUUGUGAAUAUAGCUUUACGUACAGAGGAUAUUGACCAGUUAUAUACAUUUGGCUUUUUUAUUGCUGAUCUUUGCUCUAGUCUAGCUGAGGCUCAUAAGACGAUUGUUUUCAGCGAAGAACAGGAAAUUUUAUUUGAUUUAGGUGCUACAUUUAAAAUUACAGCCAUUUUAUAUGACGAUGAUAACAAAAUUUGGACGGUAAACAUGAGUUUAACGGAUGACGGAGUAAAACUAGCAAGCGAUUAUAUUGAGCUAAAUAAACAAGAAAUGAAUGAAACAAGUGUUCCUAUUUUAUUUGGAAAACUUCUGAAUGAAAUGGGUGAACAUAAAAAGGCUUACAAAUAUUUUAAAAACUUAAAAGAGAAUAUUCAAGACAACGAAGAUAUUGCUCGUAUUUAUAAUGGUAUUGGACAUGCAUAUCAUGGUAUGAAGAAUUUAGAAAAAGCGUUAGAAAGUUAUAAUCAUUGUUAUGAUUUAUUAAUAAAUAAUAAACCACCAUAUCGAGCUUUGGAGUAUUUUGAACGAGCUUUUGAUAUAAUGAAACAAUUUCCUAACACAUACAAUCGAGAAAUUGCUGACACUUUGACUAAUAUUGGCAGUGUAUACUAUGAAAAAAAGAAAUUUGAUAUCGCUUUAGAUUAUCUUACACAAGCACUGGACAUUAGAGAAAAAACAUUACCUGAAAAACACCCAGCUACAGGCAAGACAUUACGAAAAAUUGCAAAUUUGUACGAAAAUUUACGAUCCUUGGAUAAAGCUUUAAUAUAUUAUCUACAAGCAUUAGACGUAAAUGUAUGUUCAUUACCAUCAGAUCAUCCAAGUAUUGGUAGCACAUUGAGCUAUAUCGACAGACUCUAUACACAUAUACGAAUAGAUGAAAAAGCAGAAGAUUAUUUACUACGAGCACUGGAAAUAAUUGAAAAACUGCCAGCUAUUCAUGCUCAUACAAUGGCUAAAACAUUGUCUGUUGUCUGUUACGUCUACAAACGCAAAUCUAAAUAUGACUCUGUGUUGCAAUAUAGCUUUAAAGAACUUGCCGCAAGAAGAAAAUUUUCACCAGGCGAUCACGCAUCAAUAUCAAGGACAUUAAAUGGAAUUGCUUCUACCUAUGAACAUUUGGAUGAGUGUAAUAAGGCAUUCGACUUUUUUCAGGAAGAACUUGAUAAGAAUAACUUUUAUCUAACGCCAGAUGAUCCAAUUAUCAAAUCGAUUUUCUCUGCGUUAGCUGAUAUUAUUGAAGGAACUGGUCAAACUGAAUAUCGUUUGAAAGUAUGGAAGUUAAUAACACAAGCAGAUCUACCGCAUACUGACGAUAAUGAUAGUGUUUGUCAUUUGUUUAAACAACAGUAUGCUCGUGAAUAUCAGUUAAGAACUUUGAAUAUACCUGGACAGUAG